AGUAGAAAAUUUGGAGUUAUCUAACUUGUCUAUUUGUAAACAGGAAACAGUCUUUGAUACACAACGUUGUAACCUAUGUCUUACUGCUUACUGACAUGUAGAACUAGUUGAGUACAAGAAAAUCGUAUGCUGUCAGUGACCUUGUGAGUAGACAGGUCACUUUACAAGAACCAAGUGAUAUUCAUGCAGACCAGUGUUACCACAUAACUUAAAAUGGGAGAUGAAGCAGCGAAAACAUCGUGGAACCAGCAUACUUAUGUGAUGAGAAAAAGAAAGAUGGAUAUGUCCACGUCAUAGUGAGUGCAAAAGGCCUGAAAACUAGCAGAUCGCUGAAAGGAAUGAAGAUCAUCAGAAAGGCAGAGAAUGCUGUUGUUAAUUCAACAUUUGAGGAAAGAUCUAUGGAGGUCACCAUUACAGGUUUAGACAAGGGGAGCCUGAAGGGCAAGUGCUAUCAGCUGAAGAUAAAAAAACUGCCACAUGAUAUUGUAAAGGAAAAUAGCUAUAUGGAGGUUGAAGAUGAUCGAGUUGUGCUCUAUCUUAACAAAAAGGAGAAGGAAUCCUGGUACCCUGAGCUUGAGUCUGGACUCGAGACAGAGGAAGAUGAGGGGGAGACCGAGAACCCAUAGGGAAUUGAAAAAAGGAGGCUGUAAAUUUGUUUGAAGCAGAAUUCUGAUAUUAGUCAUAUGUACAUUGUGUUGAUAGCUACUGUAUGUUGCCUUGGCAUUGUUAAAAGGCUUGUUGACAUGUAUAUUGUCAUGUUGAUGUCUUCUAUCCAAUAGCUAGUCAUACUGUCCUGAUUUUAUUUUAUUUUUUCUUAUGUUAUAAAGGAAUAUUAACGUCUUAUAUGUCUGUACAAUUUUUUAUCCCAUACCUAUAUGGUUUGUUUCAUAAACAGUUAUUUGGGUAAUUUGAGGGACUGAUACACAAGUAUUUUUGUUGUCAGUCCAAGCUCUGAUAUUUUCGAAUCUGUUUCAGUGGAACCUGAAUUUUUCUGAACAUUUAUGCCAUUUUUUUUUUAAAUGCAUGUACAUGUACAUAUUUGUACCUUAAUUUGUAAAAUUUACAUAUAAUGUUCUUGUAUUUUAAAUCCUAUGGAUUCAACUUUUUAAAUUUUUUUUACAAAGACUGAUAUUUUGAAAAUGUAAAUAACUUGUUUUAACAUUGUUUGAUCACAACUGUUUUUACACCUUAUAUAAAAGUCAAGAUUGUGAUAAAUUUUUUAUUCAUAUUUGUGUUCAGUUUAUGGGUAAGAAAAAUUUAUGAAAUUUAUGCCCCCCCCCCCUAAAAAAAUCUGACACUUCCACUAUUUGUUUUAGUAUAGACAAUAUAAUCAGAAUUAAGCAUUUACUUAUUAUUACUAUGGUUGUAUGAUUGGUUGUGUAGAUAAACAUCUUGUUUGAAUUUUCCUGUUGCUAUAUACAUGUUGUUGGAAAAUAGUGUUGAUUUUACAAAAACCCUUGUCUGUUCAAAUAUUAAUACAUGUAUAUCUGUUAUUAGUUAUGAAUACUACAAUACAGCUAAUACUGUAAAUCAACUUUUGUUGGUGACAAAUUUAUUUCACGAUUAACUGCCGAAAAACCGAUUCAUGACGACUAAUGUUUGCGACAAAGCCUUAUUUAGAUCAAAGUUGUUAUAAAAUAACAUACAACAAGGACUGGUUCACAACGAGAAAUAUUCGCGGAGACGAGGCUUUUCGCUAACCUUGCGAAAAUUUCUCGCUCAAUUAAAGUUGGUUUACAGUAAUAAAAUUGGUGAUUCAAUGUCUAUUUGCAGUUUAACAUGACAUGUAUUAUUUAGUUUAUUUUUAAAAUAUGUGCAACUUACAGCUGAAGGUUGAGAAAAAUUAAAGCCCUAAUAUUGCAAAUAGCCUGUGAAAUUGGUAGCUUGAAUUGGGUAUAACAUUGGUGCUUUAACCACAAUGUGCACACAUUUAAUGUUUUUUAGCUCACCUGCGCUAAAAGCUCAAGUGAGCUUUUCUAAUCAAAAUUUGUCGGUUGCCUGUCGUCGUUGGCGGCGUUGUCACUGUUGUAAAUUUUCACAUUUUCAUCUUCUUCUCCAGAACCACUGGGCAGAUUUCAACAAACUUGGCUAAAAGCAUCACUGGGUGAAGGGGAUUCAAGUUUGUUCAAAUGAAGGGUCACGCCCUCUUUAAAGGGGAGAUAAUUUAGAAUUAUUGAAAAUUUGUUGGUAUUUUUCAAAAAUCUUCUUCUCAAAAAGUAUUUGGUCAGAAAAGCUGUAACUUGUAUGGAAGCAUCCUCAGGUAGUGUAGAAUCAUGGGGGUAGGGUGGGGCCACAAUGGGGGAAUAGAUUUUUACAUAUGAAUGUAUAGAGAAAAUCUUGAAAAAUCUUCGCAAAAACUAUUUGGCCAGAAAAGCUUAAACUUGUGUUGAGGCAUCCUCAGGUAGUGUAGAUUCAAGUUUGUUCAAAUCAUGGUCUUCGGGGGUAGGGUGGGGCCACAAUUGGGGGGGGGGUCAAGUUUUACGUAGGAAUAUCAAGAGAAAGCUUUAAAAAUUCUCUUCUCAAAAAAUAUUUGGCCAGAAAAGCUUUAAUUAAAGUGGAAGCAUCCUCAGGUAGUGUAGAUUCAAGUUUGUUCAAAUCAUAGUUCCUGGGGGUAGGGCGGGGCCACAAUGGGGAAAUGGAUUUUUACAUAGGAAUAUAUAGAGAAAACUUUAAAAAUCUUCUCAAAAACAAUUAGGCCAGGAAAGCUCAAAUUUGAGUGGAAGAAUCCUCGGGUAGUGUAGAUUCAGGUUUGUUCAAAUCAUGGUCUUUGGGGGUAGGUUGGGGCCACAAUGGGGGGAUAUAUAAAUAUCAACAGAAAGGUAGUGUAGAUUCAAGUUUGUUCAAAUCAUGGUCCCAGGGGGUAGGGCAGGGCCACUAUGGGGGAUAAAUUUUGACAUAGGAAUAUAUAUAGAAAAUCUUUAAAAUUCUUCUUUUAAAAAAAUAUUAGGCAUAGAAAGCUCAAAUUUUAGUGGAAGCAUCCUCAGAUAGUAUAGAUUUAAGUUUGUUUAAAUAUUAGUCCCCUGGGGUAGGGGGAGGCCACAGUGGGGGAUGGAUAUUUACAUAGGAAUAUAUAGAGAAAUUCUUUAAAAAUCUUCUUUUUAAAAAGUGUUAGGCCAGAAAAGCUUCAAGGCAUCC